AUGGUCUGGCUGCUUUCCGAAGCUUUCUGCAGUCUGAGUUCAGUGACGAGAAUAUUGAGUUCUGGACCGCCUGCGAGGACUUCAAGAAGACCAAGAACCCCGUGAAGAUGGCCGCCAAGGCCAAGAAGAUCUAUGAAGACUUCAUCCAGUCUGAGGGACCUAGAGAGGUGAACAUUGACCACUUCACCAAGGAUGUGACCCUGAGGAACCUGGUGGAUCUCUCCCCUGCGACCUUUGACCUGGCCCAGAAGAGGAUCUUCGCCCUGAUGGAGAAAGACUCCUUUGGUCGUUUCCUCCGGUCUGAGCAGUACCAGGAGCUCCUGGUCAAUUAAGCAUGAAGGAAUCUAAGGAGCUGAUGUGGGGGUGGUGGGGAGGUUUCAAAUAGCAGUUAGUUAACAUGAAAUAACGCUAAUUUUAAUAAACUACCAUUGUGUAAGACCACUUGAGAACCGAAGACUUUUGUUUAAAAAUGUCCAAAACAUGAAGGGUGAAAAAAUUAUAUUUCUAAAUUAUACUUUAAAUGUAACUAGAGGGGAAGACUGCCUUUUGAAAUAGCCCUACCUCCCCACCGAACACACACUUACACACACAUGUUCUUGAACUUCUAUACUAGCGAGGACCUUGCAUUAACAACAGUCCUCUUAAAGAAUUGAGGGUCUUCCAGAAUGACCUCACUUGUCAAAUAUAGUCUCAAAAAACAUGAGUGGUUGUCAUGCAAAGGUAGAAGUGAAGCAACAAACACAAACUCAAAUCCAGAUUCACACCAAAACUGAUACCAAUGUGUUUCUAUCAAGAACAUGCAACUUUUCAACUAGGCCACAAAGUCAGUUCUUCAACUUCAGGAUACAAAGUAUCUUCAUGAAAUUAUCCCUUGAAAACAUAAUCUGACUUGACACUUGUGUGUCAAGAUAUUCUCAGCCAGACCUGUCUAGACUGAUAUGAACUUUUAUGUAUGCAGGACCCCAUUGACUACCAUGUAUUCUGUAGCAUACGCAGAGGAUGACUUUCGACAAAGAACAGUAACAAUGUCAGCAAAAAGGAUUCUAGUAAUUUUUAACUAGAUGAGAAGGACGUGUUCGCUAUCAACAAUCAAAUAUCUGGUAUAAAAACUCCACUAAGCAUCCCAAGGAAACCAAUCACAAUGUAGCAGUUUUCGCUCGUCGAAAGAGUUACUGGAAUUACAUUUUUUAAAAGCAGCAUCACAGGUACAGCUGGACAGCUGCGCAUACCUACAGCAUGGAGAUAUUACAGUAAAGAAUAUAAAUUAGUCUUAAUGCAAAGAUGUUUCAGGCCAUUUUGGUGCUGUAGGAAAAAAAUCCAUUGGCGCCCCUGAGGAGAAUGAUGUCUUCAUUAUAAUCUUUUCUGACAAUUAUAUUAAUAAUUAACUGUAGUCAACUUCUGGUCUGUAUCGUCAUUUGCGCCCCAAAGGACCUUCUAGCUCACCCAUGCCUUAAUGUUGUUUUCAAACAGAAAGGCCACUUUUACAGAAUUAACCAAAUUAGAAAAAACAAACAGCUUGACCCAAAGGAGAUUCACCUUAAAUGUACAUAAAUCCUUUUAACGCAAUAAAUAACCCAGAGUUGGCCAUCCUUCCUUUGCCGCAGACAUAUAAGUCUCAUUUAGACAGACGUCAGAGUGAAACUUAAGUGUUCUGUGGUUUUCCCAAGAAGACUCAAAGAUAUUAGUGCUGCCUGUAAAGGAUGUGACCCAUAACAUUUUCAGUCUAUGGGAGAAACCCGCUGGGAAACUCUAAAUAGAAUGACAGUUACUCAGUUGUCUGUUUUAAAUAAAUCUUUUAAUCAUGUCCAGCAAGGACCAGAUAUUGUCAAUUUAAUAAAACAACCUGUGACAUAGUGGACCCUCUUCUAUUAUCAAUGCAUGACAUACUGAUUAUCAUAUAACUGUCUUUUUGUCUCUUCCACUCUCUCUCACACACACUUAAACUUUUUGUCUGUGAUGAGAACAGUGCUGGCUGGUUGGCUCAGUGGUCGAGCUCCUUGGCUACCACUAAACUGCAAGUUGCUAAGAUGGGAAAAUCAAGUAGGAGGGAAUCUCAAAAAAAGAAGUGAACAGAGCAGUUGCUUUAACAGAGUUGGGUCUUUUUCCCGUGUGAUAAUACCAAAGUUCCAGACCUGGUUUUAGUGCUAAUAUAACACGAGUAAAAAACAUGGGAGACAGAACUUGCAGGUUUGCAGCACUAGACAAUGCCAAUACUGGUUAUUGAGCAUCAGUAUCUAAUGGUCUUUCAGUUACAAACUAUUAAGCACAUAAUAUUCAAAGCCUAAAAUCAAAGUCAGAAAGGAAAUGAAAAGAUUGCAGUAAAGUUGUUAAAUCUGAUGUACUUUUCACUUUUUAUUUUCCAACACUUUCACUACAAGUUAUUAUUCACUACUAAAUGCUGUAAUAAAACACUGGUAUUCACCUAACUUACACUCAGCUGAGACAUAGACUGGUGAGAUGGUGGAUUUGCUGUUGGUGUGUAAUGUUUAAGUGUCCUAAAUAUAUACAUUUAGUACUAAAGUGUGAUUAUAUUUACUCGUUAAUGCUUUUUUAUAUUAAUCAAAAGCAUAUUUCUUAACCAACACAAGAUCAUUGUUAUUUAGAUAUUCAGCAUUUUAUAAGUCCUUAUUGUUCCCUAAAAUGUAACUAUUCCACACUAAUAUGAAAAAAUUUAAAAAUACUGUUGAUCAGGUGAGGCAUAUUUAAUGUUUUUGAAUGUAUUACUUAAAAUGACAUUGGAAAGACCAACACAUCUAAACAAUGUGAGAGCUUAAAAUUUUAAACAGCACUGAAAAGGGUUUAUUAUGGCACAGAUUGGCCAGUCUGGUGUCAUAACCUUAAGUGUCAUACAAGUCAACAAUCAUGUCAAAAAAUCAAUAAGGGCUUUAACAGUGCUGAGUAUGCAUUAUUUGAUGUAGCCGUGCAUGUAAGUUUUGGAGUCGACCACAUAAAAAUAUAUAUGCAUACAAUACCUGAAGAUGUAUUUAUUUUUACGUGUAAAUAUCGACUAUUUACAAGCAAUUGUGUCUAAGUUAUUCUUGAAUACAACAAUGGAACCCAUGAUCUACUGAAUAGCGAGCUGGCAACGAUUCUUCCCAGAGUCUUUUCACUGUUAUAAAAGAAGAAACACCUGA